CAACAAUAUUUGUUGGUCAGUCAGUAGGAAAUCAGUAAAGGCCCUAGCUUCAUUGCAAACGGGCGUGACGAAAUAACUUGUGUUUCUUUUUUCUUCAUUACAACCACAGACAACAAGCCGAUAAAAAUGAAGAUCCUGGUAGCCUUAAGCCUUCUGGCGUUAGCUGUGUCCAUAGAAGCCAGGGUCACAGCCACUCAGAAGCCCAUAUCUCCACAGAUCACAUCUUUGACCGACAAGGAUGCCAGAAGCAAAGCGCGUGUACACCCAGCUUUUGCCAGUGCCGGCCAGAGGGCUGGCGUCGAAGUAUGGAGGAUCGAGACAUUCAACCCCGUUGCGGUCGGUCCAAAUGACUACGGCAAAUUCCACAAAGGAGAUUCUUAUAUCGUCUUAAAGACUACAGCAGACAAACGCAACGUCCUCACCCACGACAUUCACUACUGGAUCGGCAGUGAGUCUACGCAGGACGAGUCGGGCGCGGCGGCCAUCUUGACUGUCGGAUUAGACGACAAGUUCAACGGCGCCGCUGUGCAGCACAGAGAGCCUAUGGGUUACGAGAGCCAGCAGUUCAAGAGCUACUUCCCUAAUGGUCUCAAAUAUUUGGACGGUGGUGUCGGCACAGGAUUCAAACACGUGACCACCAAUGCUGGGGCUGCUAAACGCCUGUUCCAGGUCAAAGGCAAGAGGAACAUCAGGGUACGACAGGUGGACCCCUUGAUCUCCUCGAUGAACGAAGGUGACUGCUUCAUCUUAGACGUGGACCAGACGAUCCUGGUGUACGUGGGCAAGAAGGCCAAGAAUGUGGAGAAAUUGAAGGCCAUCUCCUUCGCCAACCAGAUCAGAGACCAGGAUCAUAACGGGAGAGGACGCGUGGAAAUAAUUGACCAAUACUCCAGUGAGGUGGACGUCCAGAAGUUCUUCACAACCCUCGGAUCCGGUGCACCCAACACUGUUCCAGAAGAGGCUGCCGGCGGAGACGACCAGACUUUUGAAAAGAACGAAGAACAGUCGGUAGUGUUGUCGGAAAUAUCGGACGCGUCGGGUAAACUCAAGGCGAACGCACUCACCAAACCUUACAAGCAGGAGCAACUCAAAACCACGGAGAGUUACAUCUUGGAUACAGUCUCUGGAAGCAUCUACGUGUGGACAGGAAGACAAUCUUCAGAAAGGGAAAAGUCAGAAGCCAUGACUAAAGCACAACAGACUCUGCUCUCCAAGAAUUAUCCUUCCUGGGUUCAAGUCGUGAAGAUUCCACAGGGAACCGAACCUGCAGCCUUUAAGCAAUACUUCGCUACGUGGAGGGAUAACGCAAUGCCACAUUCAAGAGUCAUUUAAAUAAAAAAAGAAAUACGUAUGUCUUCAGCUGCCGCCGAAGCCGCUGCCAAAUAUGUACAUCUCAAGAAGUAAUUUACAAUAUAAAAUAUUUAUAUAAACAAUUUUAAGUAAAUUUCUUAGACCUACCAUAAAAAAAGAAAAAUAGUUCUUAUGUUUAACAAUAAUUUCUGAAAUAUAACGACAAAGAAAUCUACUCAAACUGUAUACGUGAAA